AUGGCUUCAGAUGUAGAAGCAAAAGAUUCCAAGUUACAGGAGGAACAAGAUAAGAAAGUAGAUCCUUCGCCAGCAGAAGAGCCUGAAAUGACUCAAGAAGUACAAAUUAUGAACGAUGAUGAUGCUAGUGAUACUGUGGUACUUGAUACUAACGAGGAAAAAUCACCUACUACUCCCACGGAAAAAAGAAAACGUGAAGAGCAAUCCACAAAAGACAAAGAAUCUGACGAGUCUGUUGAACAACCGCCUACCAAAAGGACCCGAACAUCAACUCGAAAAAUGAGUUCAACCGUUUCUAAACGUAAGCAAACAUCGACAUCAGGUCAAAGUUCACCAAAGCGAGGUCGUGGUCGUAAACCUAGCAUCAAAUUCGAAGAUGAAAUCGAAUCAGAUGAACUUCGUAAAGGUGGUCAAUCUACGAAAAAGAAAUCCGCUUGGAAAGUUGAAGAAGAUAGUUAUAUGGUUGAUUGUAUUUUGGAAGAAAUGCCUAGUCCUUCUUGGAAACGAAUUGCUAAAGGCCUCCCAGGUCGUACUCCAAAUUCAUGUUUAGUUAGAUGGAAAACAUUACAGAAAAGAUUGUAUCAAAAUUUAUAA